GUGGGUAUGGGGGCUAUGGCGCCCUUGGUGCUGCUGGUGGUGCUUAUGGCGGCUACGGCGGGUAUCCUCCCCAGGGCGGUGGCUAUAGCUACGGACAAGGGGGCUACGGCGGCUAUGGCCAGGGGUAUGGGGCACCAGGUCAGUUUCCACCAGGCCAUGGUCCUGGUGGAUACCAGGGCCAAG